AAUAUAAAUGGAAUUUGAAAGAGGAGAGGGGAGGUAGAAAAAGUAAAAAGGGGAAAGUGGGAAAGUAUCUUAAAAGCCCACAGCCCAAUACGGCGCUUUAUCCUCUUCUCUUCUCUGUGUUUCGUUGUUCUGCCGAAUUUGCGAAGUUAGAGGUUUUGUGUACUAUGGAAGCUUCGUCCUGUUUUGUUCCAUCACCCUCUUUCAUUGGAUUCAGGACGAGCAAAGAUCGUCCACAUGUUCUCUCAUUGCAAGAAUUCAAAAGAAUAAUAAGCUUUUCAGUUUGUAAUCAAAAGCAAAAUUACAAUGAAAAGCUAUACAUUAUACCCAUUAGGACCAUUUCUCGCUUCUGCAUUUCAAGAUCUUUCGCGAAGUCAUUGGAACUUGGAGGUACAGGACCGCAAAGUGAUGCUCUUUUAGGUUAUUCAGCUCCCGACGAAGAUAAUCGGAGCAACUUUGAUAAAGAAUUGGAAGAAUUGUUCGGCGAAGUGAAAAAGAUGAUUAAGAUGGGAAAGAAAAGUGAUGCCAUAGACCUGCUUAAUGCAAAUUAUGAAAUGGUGAAAGAGCGGCUUAAUGCUGGCACUAAAGGCAUAGAGGAGGCUGCGAUUUUAGACAUAUUAGCACUUGGUUACAUGGCUGUUGGAGACUUGAAGUCUGUUGGUUAUCUGUUAAAUUCGUUGAAAGAAGUUGUUGAUACCUUAAAGGAUGAUGCACCACAUCUAGAUUCGAUAGUUAUGCAUAUGGGAAAUAUGUAUGCGACAUUGAACAAGUUUGAAGAGUCACUGAACACAUAUCAAAGGGCCGUCUACAUUGUGGAGAGGAUUUAUGGUAAGGAUAGCACUAUUCUUGUUACGCCUCAUUUGGGUAUGGCAAAAGCUCUUGGUUCAAUUGGAAAAGCAACAAAAGCGGUAGAGAUAUACCAGCAUGUAAUCACUCUUUUGGAAUCAAAUAGAGGUGCUGAAAGUAAGGAUUUGGUUGUACCUUUACUUAGUCUUGGCAAUCUUUUACUGAAAGAAGGAAGAGCCAAUGAUGCAGAAAGUCGUUUUUCUAGGGUUCUAAACAUAUACACAAAAGUAUAUGGGGAAAAUGAUGGAAGAAUUGGAAUGGCUAUGAGCUCUCUAGCCCAAGUGAAGUGUGCUCUAGGGAAGACAGAUGAAGCGAUUCAUUUAUUCAAACGUGCUCUAAAGGUCAUGAAGGACUCAAAUUACAUGUCACCGGACAACAGUAUAAUGGAAAAGAUGAGGGUAGAUCUAGCUGAGUUGCUCCAUACUUCUGGGAGAGGACAAAAAGGAAGAGAGAUAUUAGAGGAGUGCCUAUUGAUUACAGAGAGGUACAAAGGAAAGGAGCAUCCCAGCUUAGCAACACAUAUGAUAAAUCUUGCAACUUCGUACACACGGUCAAAGAAUUAUGCAGAGGCUGAGCAUUUGCUGAGAAGAAGUUUGCAAAUUAUGAUAAAGCAUAAUGGAACUGAUGACCAGUCCAUCAGCUUCCCUAUGUUGCAACUUGCAGCUACACUAUACCAUUUGAAAAAUGAUGAAGAAGCAGAGAAACUCGCCCUGGAGGUUUUACGCAUCCGUGAAAAGGCAUUUGGAGAUUAUUCUCUUCCUGUUGGGGAGGCUUUGGACUGCUUAGUGUCUAUUCAAGCCAGACUUGGUAAAGAUGACAGUGAGUUACUUGAGCUGCUUAGAAGAAUCCUGAUUAUCCAAGAGAAAGGAUUCGGACAUGAGAGUGAGCAGGUUUUGCUUACCCUUAAAAAAAUUGUAUACUACUUAGAUAAGUUAGGGAGAAAAGAUGAAAAGCUUCCCCUGCAGAGAAGGUUAUCCGUGCUAAGGAAGAAAUAUAAGCAUAUGAUUCAUCAGUAAAGUGGUAGUAUAAUGUUUGUGAUAUUUUAUUCUUCCUUAAUGCAUGAAGCAUUUUGUCCAUAUGUUAAUGUGUGUUGUCAAUCAUGGUUUUUACUUCAGUGAGGGGAACUGCUAUUUGCCUGGGUGCUAUUUCUUUGUGAUUGUUUUUGUUCACGUUUGGAUCUGCCAAUUCACACUCCUCCUUAGCCUU